AUGGAAGACACACAUCCCGACCCGGCAAUGGUGACGCCAUCACCACAGCCCGACUAUGGCCGGAAUAGGCUUCCGACUCUCUUCGAGGUGCUCAGCCGUCGUACUCUGCCGCCCGUCGACCUCUUUUCAUUCUACAUCUACAUGCGUGAUCAACAACGAUCCGUUGAUUACCUUGACUUCUGGCUUGAUGUCGCUCAGCACAUGUCACUAUGUCGCCACUAUGUCCGUGAACUCCGCCGUUCUGUUCUAGUUGGCACGCCUGAGUUGGAGAAAGCAAGUUCCAAGCGUUCCUCAGCCAUCCUCGAAAGUAUGGGCGACAUGACCAACAUGGGCAUUGGAGCCGGCCCAUCCAUGUACGCAACGGAAAAGGAGAAGGACCAGGACGCCCAAAUGUCUGCCUACCUCCGCGAAGACCAGAUCCAGGACUCGCCACAAAGCAGCAACGAUCGCCGCAACAACAGCCGGCCCAGUCCAGCAUUCAGCACUCCUCGCGACGUUACGUCCGACUCCAACUCGCCUGGUCACACAGUUGCCCGCCAGGAUAUUCGUGCCUCAGCGGAGAAGAUCCUUUACACCUUUCUCCUUCCCGGUGCGGAGCGCGAAAUCACCCUACCUGGUAGCAUCACCCAAGAUGUCACGUCAGCGAUCGAAGAGUUUGGACGGGACGACCCUGAGGUGUUUGACGUAGCCAAGGACUAUGUCUUCCAGGCUAUGGAGCGGGAUGCCUUCCCUGGGUUCCUACGCAUGAAGGCGCUAGGAAAUCUUAUUCCGCCAACACUGGUCAUGCGUCUCAUUUUUGGUCUCGUGGCCAUGUUCGGUGCCUUCUGGACGGCCUUCGUCCUCAUCUUCCUUGACAGGAGCCGACUGACCAGAUGCUGGCUGAUCCUGCCAUUUACCUUGGGUGUUUACUUCCUCGCAUCAUACCAGUACUCUCUCGACCCCGUCCUCGCUCUUAUUGGCUUGAGCGAGUACACGCCUUUCAACUUCUCUCGCGUUCGUGAACCAUACGUCCGCACACUACUCGCCAAACGAGCCAUUAUGGUCCUUGCCGUCACUAUUCUGAUCGACGCUGCACUCUGCGUACUCUUCAUUCUGGUUCCAGGCAAGAGAUUAUAG